ACCAGGAGCAGAUCUGAGGAGGGAGACCGUGGAAGGAGCAUAACCUCGGGGUUUAAAGAAGAGACGCCUAAAGACUCCUUCGACAUGGCUUUCAACACCCUGACCUCUCGAGCCGUUCUCCUGUAUGAUGAGUGGAUUAAGGAAGCUGAUCCACGGACUGGGAACUGGCUUCUCAUGGCCUCCCCGUUCCCUCAAACCAUCAUCAUCGCUGCCUACAUCUACUUCGUGACAUCACUGGGUCCCCGGCUAAUGGAAAACCGCAAGCCCUUCGACCUCAAGCGUAUCAUGAUCGUCUACAACUUCAGCAUUGUGGCGUUUUCCCUCUACAUGAUUUAUGAGUUUCUGAUGUCUGGUUGGGCGAACGGCUACACCUAUGGGUGUGACCUGGUCGAUUAUUCCAGUUCUCCUCAAGCUCUCCGGAUGGCAUGGACCUGCUGGCUGUACUAUUUCUCCAAGUUCAUUGAGAUGCUUGACACUAUUUUCUUUGUCCUGAGGAAAAAGAACAGCCAAGUUACUUUCCUUCACGUCUACCAUCACUCCAUCAUGCCCUUCACAUGGUGGUUCGGGGUCAAAUUCUCCGCAGGUGGUCUGGGAACUUUCCAUGCCCUGCUGAACUGCAUCGUCCAUGUCAUCAUGUACUCCUACUACGCUCUUUCUGCCAUGGGCCCGGCCUACCAGAAGUACCUGUGGUGGAAAAAGUACAUGACCACCAUCCAGCUGGUUCAGUUUGUGCUAAUCACGGCUCACAUCGGCCAGUUCUUCUUCAUGAAGGAAUGUCCUUACCAGUUCCCCGUCUUCCUCUACGUCAUCGGUCUCUAUGGCCUGAUCUUCCUGAUCCUGUUCGUCCACUUCUACUAUCACGCCUACACCAAGGGCAAGAGGCUUCCUAAAGUACUCCAGAACGGAAACUACCUUCUCAAAAAAUCUGAGUGAUCUCUUCCCUUGGCCAGCUAAACUUAGCUAUAACCUGUUAAGUGGGAAUAUUCCUUUUAUUUCAUGCGUUCAAGUUCCACUCCCCUGUUUUAUGUUAAAACUAAUGUGGAAAACCGCCACCCUAUCACUGGAUUUAACACUUCCGAAUUUGCACAUUGGUGUUUUUUUUACUAGAGA